UUUCCCCAAUCUGUUUGGAAGUCAAUGCAAAGGGCUUGGAAAGUAUAUGUGCACGGUUGCAGUGCCUCGAAGAAUUCGUGGUAUUGCAUUGAUUUGGAGGGAGAUGAGAAGAGAAUUUCGGGCCCGCUUGCUGUAAUUGAGUCCGAAAGGGAGGGAGGGUGGGCUCUCAUGGGUGACCACAUCUACUGGAGUGGCGCAAUCGUCAAUGAGAGAUAUUCAGAAUCACCACCGGAACACACCGUCUCUGUCGAAUUGACAAGGCACAACAUCACAAGUCCAGACCCCUUUACCUGGGAAACCAUGUCCUUAUCUUCACCUACGAAGAAGAAACUUCCCGUGUCCAAUCCAUGUGCGGUUCCCCUCGAUGAUGAUGGGAACAAAAAGAUUUGUUUGCUGGGAGGAAGAAUGUUUCAUGCUUUAAGUCCAGACAGGGCCUUGUUGGAUGUGAGACACUAUGGUGAAGUCUAUAAUCUUGAAACCCAAACCUGGCAUCCCGCCGCGUUGCAUCUACAUAAUUUUACUGGUGACUUUAAUAGUGACACUUGUGCGCUCAUGGAAAAGGAAAAAGUUGUAAUAUGCUACUCCCUUGUUACGGGCUUUUUCUCAUUUUACGACGUCCGUGACGAUAGUUUCAGAACCGAAUUUCAUCCCCACUUUGUGACCCUAGGAGGAGGAGAAGUAGGAAGUAUUGACACAUUAAGAUGUAUGUUGUACAAUAUAAGGCCUGUGGUAAGCAACUCAAAGUUGUAUUGGCUCACCUAUGACCUAUUCUUGGUUGCCUAUGAUUUUGUCCAACAAAAGUGGUUUCAAUCACAAUAUCUUAAGGAAUUGGAGUCAUGGGGAAUUCCUUGUGGUCUAUACCCUUAUUAUUGUUCUCAUCUCCCUAUUUUGGUUGACCUGUAUAAUGGAGAACGAGAAGAAUUCCUAGUGCUUGUUAAUACACCUCCUGGAAAAUUGGGAAUGGCAUUCCUUGAUGUCUCCAAAGGGUUUUUAAAUGUGAAUGUGAAGUCACGCCACACUUUUUCUCUUGAUGAUCCUCAAUUCCAUCCCCGACAAGGAACGACGAUAAUGACCAUGCAAGCCGAAGGUCCACCUUCUGCACAAGUUGUUGGAAAUGCUUUUGUUGAGCAGUAUAAUCAAGUUCAGCAUCAUACCCCAGAGUUUGUAUACCGAGUCUACCAGGAUUCGAGUGUCUUAGGUCACCCAGAUUCCAAUGGCGUGAUGUCAUCCGUGACAACAAUAAAAAAUAUUAAUGAUAUGAUAUGUUCAUUGGACUACAAGAACUACAAGGCAGAAAUAAAGACUGCAGAUGCACAGGAAUCCUUUAAGGAUGGAGUGAUUGUUUUGGUAACGGGAUGCUUAACCGGAAAGGAUAACUUGAGAAGGAAAUUCACCCAUACAUUUUUCCUUGCCCCACGGAACAACGGUUAUUUUGUUUUGAAUGAUGUUUUUAGGUAUGUAGAAGAAAAUGAGACUGAUACCGUCUUAGAAAUGAUUAACGGAACUGAGGAUGUGCAGUCAGAGGUUUUGACCCCUGAUCCAGCUGGCUCAUAUGCAGAAGAAGUUCAACAUGUUGAGGAAAAAGCCAAUGACUCUUUGGAAGAUGGAAGACGAGUUGGUGAUGAAAGAGAAAUUGUUGCCAAAGAGGAUGCUCCAAAGAAGUCAUAUGUAUCAAUUGUCAGUUCACAAACAAAGAAAGGGCCAACCAAAAUCUAUGUACCCACUAAUACAUCCAGAACGGCUCAGAAGGCUGUAAAGCAGCCAGUUGCUGCAGUAGCACUAACUCCAGCUCCUGAAGCAUCAAAUUUUACUGGCCCUAAUGGAACUAAUGUACCUGAAACUAAUCAUAAUGAAGAUGACGCUGAAGGACACUCCAUUUUUGUCCGCAAUUUGCCUCUAGAUGUUACUGUAGCCCAACUUGAGGCUGAAUUUAAGAGAUAUGGGCCCAUUAAGCAAGGAGGUUUACAAGUUAGAAGUAAUAGGCAACAAGGAUUUUGCUUUGGCUUUGUUGAAUUUAAAGAUGAGAGCUCCAUGCACGGGGCCAUACAGGAUUCACCCAUUACUAUUGGGGGUCGUCAAGCUGUGGUUGAGAUGAAGAGAACUACAACUAGAGCUGGUAGCGCGAGAGGCAGGUUCCGAAAUGACAAUUUCAGGGGCCGCGGAAACUUUGGUGGAGGUUGGAGCUAUGGGAGAAAUGAAUAUGGAGGACGUAAUUUUUCAGGGCGUGGUAGGGGUCAAGGUGGAUGAGGUGGUGAAGGCUAUCAAGUAAGAGAGAGGACGGAGAGGUGGCCCUAGUCAGAGUUCUGCUACAGCAUAGUUUGUGUGGCCGGAUAAAUUUUGGUAGUAAUUUUUGACCUGUUUCUUUGUUUGCCAGAGUGCAAGCAGCGGAACAGUUUUAGCUUGUGUAGUUAUAUCAACUUGUAUCCAAUUAUAUAUAGGAAAGGCUUGUGUUGAAUGCUAAGAGUGAUUUGCUCAAGAAUUAACUUGCCUCGUUGCUGAAGCUAAAGACUGGAAAGAAAUAGAAGGGUAAAUUUAGCAUCAAUGAAGUACUUUGUUAUCUUUGAUGUGACCUCUGGUAGAAAGAUUCACCUCUCUUUUUGUUUAUAUAUA